AAUAGGAGUUCUUAUCAACUAACUUUAUUGGCACGCUGCCACGCGCAGUUAUAUGGCCGUCAGCCAGUGAUGUUUUUUUCCCCCUAUUCAAUACAAACAACUUUAUUCAUCUCGGCUCCGUGAACAGAGAGUGACAGCGUCCCGGCGGCGGCGGUUUCGGGACUCCUCUCCUCUCUCCCGUUUUUCUCCUGUAUUUGUUGCUCUCAGGGAGAAGAUGCCGAGCAAGAAAAAGAAAUACAACGCCCGUUUUCCGCCUGCUCGGAUAAAGAAAAUCAUGCAGACAGAUGAAGAAAUUGGAAAAGUCGCUGCUGCUGUGCCUGUUAUCAUUUCUCGUGCACUGGAGCUGUUCCUGGAGUCCCUGCUGAAGAAGGCUUGUCAGGUCACGCAGUCUCGAAGCGCCAAGACCAUGACCACAUCGCACUUGAAACAAUGCAUUGAACUUGAACAGCAGUUUGACUUUCUGAAAGAUCUAGUGGCUGCAGUUCCAGACAUGCAGGGAGAGGCAGAAGACAAUCACACGGAAGGAGAAAGGGUUCCACGAAGGGGUCGGAAACCAGGAAGCAGUCGGAAGAACGGAGGCACCGCCAUGAAAGGAAAGGACAAGAAGCAAUCGGAGACCGAUUCCGAUCAGGAGGAUGAUUCUGAGGAAACCGAAACUGAUGGGGAGGAAGAUAUGUGCAUCACCCCUGCCAACCAAUCACAUGUCACAUUUCAGAGUACUCCGCCCCCCAAUCUCCUUCGUUUCCAAUCUGCUGCUGCCCUGUCCGCCAUGCCAGCACCGUUGCCGCCAGCUGCAAGUAAAGAUGAAGAUGACGAUUAUGACUCGUAGCUUCUGGACGGACACCUUUAAAAAAAAAAACAAAAAAAAACAAAAAAAAUUCAAAAGAAAAAAAAAAUUCCGUUUUCACUUAUUUGAUGAUUCUAUUUUGUUUUUUUUUUGUGUUUUAUUUUCAAUUUUAAAGCUAGGGUGAAAUGCCCAAAAGGGGGGUAAAAUGUGUUCUUAAAUUUAUUAUUAAAAAAGAAAAAAAAAGAAAAAUGGCUGUGGAUGUUCUAAAACCAAAUAAAGAACUUGUGUUUUUUA